UCCACCUCUAAACUUGAUCAAUCAACCCUCAUUUCUAUUUUCUUGCCGAAGGCAAUUCCAAGAUACUAUCUUCAUUCUUUCAAGAUGACUCAAACAUUGAUGGAUGAUGAAUGCUGCAGCGUGCCUACAUUGGUGAACAGCAAUGGUGGCAGUAACGGACUUAGCAAUGUGCCCAAUGGCCACGGCGACAGCUCCAACGGCCACUCUAAUGGCACCAAUGGUCAUAGCAAUGGUUUCAAAGAUCAAGAAAAUGGUAUCAAUGGCCAUUCCAAUGGUGCAAAUGGCCACAGUAAUGGCACUCAUGGGGGUCGAAACGGGAUGCCAAACUUAAACGGUCAAGCGAACGGCAACAGCACCCAUGCCCGCAGGCCAAGCGACACCAACCAUCAAAAUCAUCAGUUCGAACCAAUCGCUGUGUGUGGAAUGGCAUGCAGGCUUCCGGGAGGGAUUCGAUCUCCAGAAGACCUGUGGGAAUUUCUAGUCCAGGGACGAGAUGGACGGACUCGUGUUCCGAAAUCAAGGUUCAACAUCGAUGGAUGGUAUUCGUCGACGAAGCAACCAGGCACAUCCAAUACCGAGUAUGGCUACUUUUUAGAUGAGUCCGUAGAUUUAGCUGGCCUGGAUACGUCGUUCUUCUCCAUGACUCGGAAGGAAGUGGAGUGGUUGGAUCCCCAGCAGCGGUUGAUGCUCGAAGUAGCAAGGGAGUCUUUGGAAGACGCAUGCGAAGUGGGCUGGGAAGGAUCCAAUACUGGUGUUUAUAUGGGGAACUUCACCCAGGAUUGGUACGAUAUGAUGAUACGCGAUGGGUUGCGCCACAGUCACUACGCCGCAGCGACCACGCAUGACUUUAUGAUAUCGGAGCGAAUCUCGCACGAGAUGGAUCUGCGCGGGCCGAGCCUGACGAUACGCACUGCAUGCUCAUCGGCUCUGACUGGCCUCAACGAAGCCUGCAUGGCUAUUGGCCGGGGCGACUGCGACAAGGCCAUAGUCGGAGGUACAAGUCUUAUCCUGGCCCCUGAUAUGGCCACCAGGCUAUCUGGCCAAGGAGUGCUCAGCCCAGAUGGCUCUUGCAAUACAUUUUCGGCCAACGCGAAUGGCUAUUCGCGAUGGCAACCCUAUCCGAUCUGUUAUUUCGGGUACUGCGGUCAAUUUUGAU